CCAUUAAUUGAAUCUUAAAGUAAAGUUUUACCAUUUUUUCAAUUUGUCAUGAACUAAAAUAUCACAAUAAAUCAUCCAGAAAACUUAAAAAAUAUUUUCCUGUUGAGUAUUCCCUAAACACGUCAAAGGAAAAGCAUGUUUGGGAGCCCUCCACCAUCCAUAAACGUCAAAACGUCUCACGCCUGCAAUUAAUACGCCUCUAAUAGACGUAUUAGUUAAACCAACUUGCAGGCAUCACGCUAAUUGCUCACUUUGUAUGCAAAUGUUGGACACGUUGUUUGGGCGAGAACAGGCGAGAGGAUGGGGGGGUUGACGAUGGGACGGGCUCUGUUGUCAGUUGCCACCCAAGACGUGAUUCAGCUCCAACAAUUACCAUUAUCUGUUUCCCAGUUUGACGAUACGGGACGAAUCUGUAAUGAUGACGAGUGUUUCCUUCGCUGAUUGUUGAAGCUUUCUCCUUAGUCCACACCUACCAUCAUUGGGUGACAACACUCCGCCAUUCAGGUACUCAGCGGAGGAGGAGGCUUUAUAAGGGAGCAGCCUUGUGUUUGCAGCUUAUGGAGUGCUGUUUGUGUAAACACUGAGCCCAGUGCACACAUUGGUUUCCGAGCUGGUGUUUGGACAGCGCGUAAAGUGGAGAGGAUCCGCUGCGUUUUUCUCCUCCUUGGAUAGACUUACUUUGAGGGCUUCCUUAUUUAUUUAUUUUUUUACACAAAACAAACCCGGAUUGCACGCUCGGACGCGAUGGCUGCCCCGACCAAGUUCAGUUUUUCCGUCAGGAGCAUCCUGGAUUUGCCUGAGCAGAAUGCGGAGGCAGCGCCGCGGUCCUCCCCGGUUUACUCCUCCUGCUCCUCCAGCUCGCCGUACACCUCCUGGAUGGACUGCGACCGGAGUCCUUGCAUAUCUUCUGAUGAAGGGAGUCUCGAGGCCUCCCCCGACUCCACCAAGCCGGAUGACUCGUCCCUGGACUCGGAGCCCGACAAGAGCAAGAAGAGCAAGAAGCGCCGAGUCUUGUUCUCCAAGGCCCAGACCCUGGAGCUGGAGAGGCGCUUCCGUCAGCAGCGCUACCUGUCCGGCCCGGAGAGGGAGCAGCUGGCUCGGCUCCUCAGCCUGACCCCGACCCAGGUGAAGAUCUGGUUCCAGAACCACCGCUACAAGAUGAAGAGAGGCCGGGCGGAAGGAGCGCUGCAGGACUUGGAGAUACCGCAGCCUCCGGUGCUGCGCCGGGUCGUUGUUCCGAUCCUGGUCCGGGAUGGGAAACCUUUUCACACCUGCAUACUUGACACGGAGAAGGCGGGCUGCAUAACUCCUUCUCAAGCGGUACCCUUUCCCUUAGCCUACCCGUCUCUUCAGCAUCCGUCCCCCGUCGCUCUUCCUCCAAGGUACCACCAGCACUUUCCCUCCGCGGCGGCCUCCAGAUUCGCCUGGAGAGACUUUUGGAGCGACUCGGUCCACUUUAAUUCUUUCAAGUGAAGGCCUCAUUUCAAUGCACAAACUCAUUUAGAACUGCAUCAAAUGUUUUCUGAAUGUUUUGCAAAUUUUCGAGCAACUAAACAUUUAGAUUUUCACUAUAGAACGAAGGAUAUUUUGCACAUUUUAUUUUGGUAUUUUGCGAGUGUUUGUGACUAUUUUUAAAAUAGGCUACUGACAAUAUUUUGUCAUACAUGGGCUUACUGGUGUAGCCUGUAGAUUUUUAAUUAUCCGCUGAGAUGAUUUAUUUGUAUGUGAAACUGUUUAAACAUAAUAUUUGUAUAAAUAACUUUUGUUGAAGACAAAUAAGGUACAGUAGGCUUUAGGCGGAGAUAGAAGAGGUAGCAGCAAAGCCACUAUUAGCCUGAAUGUUUGAAGGAAAAAAUAAUGUUAUUUGUUGUCUUUAAGGAAACGUUCUUUAAAGGUGUUGACUGUUUUACACUGUUUCUUUUUGUGAACACAUUUAU